UGAUCUGUCUUCCCUGGUAGGUUAGGGACUUUUUUUCCCCUGCUGCUUUCAUGAGUCUCUCCUUGCCUGAGUAUUUUGUGAAUUUGACUGUGAUAUGCCUUGCUGAUGGUCGGUUUUUGUUGAAUCUAAUGGGGGUCCUCUGUGCUUCCUGGAUUUUGAUGUCUGUGUCCUUCCCCAGGUUAGGAAAGUUUUCCGCUAUGAUUUGCUCACAUAACCCUUCUACUCCUAUUUCUCUCUCUUCCUCUUCUGGGACCCCUAUGAUUCUGAUAUUGUUCCUUUUUAAUGAGUCACUGAUUUCUCUAAUUCCUAAAUGAUGCUCUUUUGCCUUAAUCUCCCUCUUUUUUUCUGCUUCCUUAUUCUCUAUAAGUUUGUCCGCUGUAUGGCUGAUUCUCUGUUCUGCCUCAUCCAUCCUUGCCACCAUGGCAUCCAUCCAUGAUUGCAGCUCAGUUAGAGCAUUUUUAAUUUCAUUCUGGCUAUUUUUUACUUCUUUGAUCUCUGCAGAAAGGGAUGUUCAUCUAUUUUCGACUCCAGCUAGUAUUCUUAUUAUCGUGAUUCUAAAUUCUGGUUCAGACAUCUUGCUUGUAUCUGUGUUGGUUAAAUUCCUGGCUGUCGUUUCUUCGUGCUCUUUCUUUUGGGGUGAAUUCCUUCAUUUUGUCAUUUUGAAGGGAGAAAAGGAAUUAAUGAGGUAGAAAAAUUGAAAUAAAAUUAAAAUUAAGAAAAUACUAAAAUUAAAAAUUACACACACACACACACACACACACACACACACACACACACACACAAAUCGAAUAUAUGAUGCUAGAUCCUAGAUGUGUUUUGGUCUAGGUGUUGAAAGUGGUUUGACAGAUUAGAGAAAAAAAGGGGGGGAAGAAAAAAAAGAAAAAAUGAAUUCACUGAAGUAGACUAAAAUGAGCUGAUGGGGGUAAAAUAGAAUUUGAAAAAAUAUACACAAAAGUAAAGAAUAUAGUAGAAAAAAAUUAAAGAAAAAUAUUUUUAAUAAAAACUAAAAAUAAAUAUGAAUUUUUUCUUUUUCUGUACUCAAGAGAAAAGAAAUGAAAAAGAGAAAAAAGGUUUAAAAAAAGAAAGAAAAAAAGGAAAUCGUUUGUAAAUUUUAAAAAGUGAAUACACUGUAGUAGACUAAAAUAAAAUGAUGGAAGUAAAAUAGAAUUUGAAAAAAUUUACGUAAAAGUAAAAAAUAUAGUGAAAAAUUAAAGAAAAAUAUUUUAAUAGAAAUUGAAAGUAAAAAUGAAGUUUUUCACUUUCUGCAUUCGAGAAAAAGAAAAGAAACGAAAAAGAAAAAAAAGAAAAAAGGAGAUCGUUUGAACAUUUGAAGAGGUGAAUACACUGAAGUAGACUAAAAUAAAAUGAUGGAAAUAAAAUAGAAUUUGAAAAAAUUUACACAAAAGCAAAAAAUAUAGGAAUAAAAAUUGAAAAUAAAAAUGAAUUUUUUCUCUAUCUGUAUUCAAGAAAAAAAAGUGUAAAAGAAAAAAUAAUUAAAAAAAAUAAAAUUGAAUAGAUGGACCUGCUAACAGACUGAAGUAGGACUGAAAUUACUUCGUUUUCCCCUAGAAGUCAGUCUGUGUAGCGCCUCAUAGUCCAUAAACUAAGCCGGCGGUGAGACUUGUGUUCUUCAAGAGCGAAGUUGGCCCAGUUGGGCGGGGCUCAGUGUAACGUCUCCGCUGUCCACUGGAUGGCGCUGCUAGCCUCCUGGGGUGGAGUGUGGCGGCGCUCCUUGGUGCGUAUGCGCAUGCGCGGGAGCGGAACAUGGCGUCAGCCAGCUACCCGGUCUGUUUUCCCAGAUCAGCAAUCGCGCACCCGUCUUCUGUCUUCAGCUUUCGUCCACUCUCCGCCCUUUCACUCUCCGCGACCAGGCCCCAGGCAGUACCUCUCUGCCGAGUUUUGUCUCAGAUGCGGCUGUUUUCCCCGGCCCCUUACUCCCGAAGGACUGCGGCUUUGACCCGUUCCGCCCCUCCGCGGGAGGGUGUCACCGAGCACUGGCCCAACGAGCAACGGCCGAAUGUCCGCUGAACCCAGGAACGCCCGCUGGACCCUGCUGCUGCCGGUGCCCCGAGACUGCGGCCAGGUGCCAGCCCGCCCCAGAAAAAGUUCGCGAGCCGGUGUAGCAGCAGCGUUUCAGGGAUGGUGGGAAAUCACAACACGCACCUGGCACCAGGCCUCACCCUUAACGACCUUGUUUCCAGCACCAGCGAAUGUGGCCGUUUUCCGGGGUCUGCUGGGACCAGGUGGCUUCAACAGUCUCCACCAAAUGUCCUUCCAGCAGUGGGACUGCUUCUCCCCGUGUGGCCCGAGCACCUCCCGGACCCCACUCUGCUCCUGGGGAUUCGCCCUUCCCACCAGAGCACCGCCAGCCAGCUGUCUUCCCUUCACACUGAGGAGUGGGAGCAAAGGACCGACUUUGCCGACUCUGAGGAGCAGUGUGGACGCCUGGGCGCAGAUGGGCGAUGACCCAGCGGAAGGCAGCUUGGAGCCCUGCAAGGCAACAGGUCUGACAGAUGAAAAAGUGAAGGCGUACCUUUCCCUUCAUCCCCAGGUGUUAGAUGAGUUUGUAUCUGAGAGCGUUAGUGCUGAGACCGUAGAAAAAUGGCUGAAGAGGAAAAACAAGAAACCAGAAGAUGAAUCGGCUCCUAAGGAAGUCAGCAGGUACCAAGAUACGAAUAUGCAGGGAGUUGUGUACGAAUUAAACAGCUACAUCGAACAGCGAUUGGAUACAGGAGGAGACAAUCAGUUACUCCUUUAUGAAUUGAGCAGCAUCAUUAAAAUAGCCACCAAAGCUGAUGGAUUUGCACUGUAUUUCCUUGGAGAGUGCAAUAACAGUCUGUGUGUGUUCACCCCCCCUGGAAUCAAGGAAGGGAAACCCCGGCUCAUCCCUGCCGGGCCCAUCGCCCAGGGCACCACCAUCUCUGCCUACGUGGCCAAAUCCAGAAAAACGUUGCUCGUGGAAGACAUCCUUGGGGACGAACGAUUUCCAAGAGGUACUGGCCUGGAGUCUGGGACUCGUAUACAGUCUGUUCUUUGUUUACCGAUUGUCACUGCAAUCGGUGAUUUGAUUGGCAUCCUUGAGCUGUAUCGGCACUGGGGCAAAGAAGCCUUCUGUAUGAGUCAUCAGGAGGUCGCGACAGCAAAUCUUGCCUGGGCUUCAGUAGCCAUCCAUCAGGUGCAGGUGUGCAGAGGCCUUGCCAAGCAGACCGAAUUGAAUGACUUCCUACUUGACGUAUCCAAGACAUAUUUUGAUAACAUAGUCGCAAUAGACUCUCUACUUGAACACAUAAUGAUAUAUGCAAAAAAUCUGGUGAAUGCCGACCGUUGUGCACUUUUCCAGGUAGACCAUAAGAACAAGGAGUUAUAUUCAGACCUUUUUGAUAUCGGAGAGGAAAAGGAAGGAAAACCUGUCUUCAAGAAGACCAAAGAAAUCAGAUUUUCAAUUGAGAAAGGGAUUGCUGGUCAGGUAGCAAGAACAGGGGAAGUCCUGAACAUUCCAGAUGCCUAUGCAGACCCACGCUUCAACAGGGAAGUGGACUUGUACACGGGCUACACCACGCGGAACAUACUGUGCAUGCCCAUCGUGAGUCGGGGGAGUGUCAUAGGCGUGGUGCAGAUGGUCAACAAACUGAGCGGUAGUGCCUUCUCGAAAACGGACGAGAACAACUUCAAGAUGUUUGCUGUCUUCUGUGCGUUAGCCCUACACUGUGCCAAUAUGUAUCACAGGAUCCGACAUUCCGAGUGCAUUUACCGGGUGACGAUGGAGAAGCUGUCCUACCACAGCAUCUGUACCGCGGAAGAGUGGCAAGGCCUCAUGCACUUUAACCUCCCGGUGCGCCUCUGCAAGGAGAUCGAAUUAUUCCACUUUGACAUUGGUCCUUUUGAAAACAUGUGGCCUGGGAUUUUUGUCUACAUGGUCCAUCGGUCCUGUGGGACAUCCUGCUUCGAGCUCGAAAAGUUGUGUCGUUUCAUCAUGUCCGUGAAGAAGAACUACCGGAGGGUUCCUUACCACAACUGGAAACACGCGGUCACCGUGGCGCACUGCAUGUAUGCCAUACUCCAGAACAACCACGGGCUUUUCACCGACCUGGAGCGCAAAGGGCUGCUAAUUGCGUGCCUGUGUCACGACCUGGACCACAGGGGCUUCAGUAACAGCUACCUGCAGAAAUUUGAUCACCCCCUGGCCGCCCUCUACUCCACGUCCACCAUGGAACAGCACCACUUUUCCCAGACGGUGUCCAUCCUGCAGCUGGAAGGGCACAAUAUCUUCUCCACCCUCAGCUCCAGUGAAUACGAACAGGUGCUUGAGAUCAUCCGUAAAGCCAUCAUUGCCACAGACCUUGCUUUGUACUUUGGAAACAGGAAGCAGCUGGAGGAGAUGUACCAGACCGGAUCGCUAAACCUUAAUAAUCAAUCACAUAGAGACCGUGUCAUUGGUUUGAUGAUGACUGCCUGUGAUCUUUGUUCUGUAACAAAACUGUGGCCGGUUACAAAACUGACAGCAAAUGAUAUAUAUGCAGAAUUCUGGGCUGAGGGUGACGAGAUGAAGAAGCUGGGAAUACAGCCCAUCCCCAUGAUGGACAGAGACAAGAAGGACGAGGUCCCACAGGGCCAGCUGGGCUUCUACAACGCCGUGGCCAUCCCCUGCUAUACGACCCUCACCCAGAUCUUCCCGCCCACGGAGCCUCUCCUGCAGGCGUGCAGGAAUAACCUGAGCCAGUGGGAGAAGGUGAUCCGAGGGGAGGAGAGUGCCGUGUGGGUCUCGUCCCAGCCGGGGGCCCACGAGCCAUCCGAGAAGCUGCCAGUGAAGAUGGGGGACUGACCGCUACGCGACCAGCUGUCCCACCUGAAGACGCCCGUCCUGCUUCUUUGACUUUUCUUCCUUUUAUUUUUGGGGGGGGGAAACCUACACCUGGUAACUGGGCUGCAGACCUCUUCGACAAGGUGACAUCGGGAAACACGGCAAGCGGAUGACUCCCCGCCAGUCUCGUCUGUAACGCAUCGUAGACGGUGACCAACCAGGACCACCCCGGGGCCAGAUCGGCUGUCCACGUGACCCCGUUUGACCUGUGAACUGGCCUUUUCUAAUAGGCGCAUAUUGCUGAGGCCUUAAUGGGAUAGGACAACAAUCAUUCAGAAGGGGGUACUUUUCCAUUGUAUCUUUCUAGUGAGGGGUUAAAAUGGUACUACUCUGAUAUUGUACUUUGGCUCUAACACCAAUGUUGCUUUGACGUUGUUGGUUCUAAAUAGGAAUUUUUACAUAUUACUGUUGUGAAUGUUUGUGUGUGACCUACUUGUAAUUAGCGUGAAGUGUAGCAGACGGCCUCAGGACAAGCGUCAUUGAGGGGACAGCGUAAGAAGUGUCUUUCUGCAAUCAGCGAUGGACGGUAGUCAGACUCCUGUUUCAGAGCCUCGUGAAUUAAAAGUUAGGUGGACGAAAGUGUGUUCUUUAGGUUUAUACUGAAGGGCUUAGAUGAAUAGGUCGAACACUGAAUGAGGUGGACUUUCUGUCCUGAGAAAAGAGGCAAGUAUACACCAUAACAAAUCUCCGAACCACAAGUAUCCACCAAAAAAUGGCAAAGAAUAUUUUUUAGUUGGUGUUGUUUUUUUUUUUUUUUUUCCCAUCAUUGUAGGCAAAUUUUCUAAACCCUUUGCAUAAAGAACAAAACAAAAGCCAAGCAUAUGAGUCUUUCUUAACAGACAGGUCUUAGGGGAUGUAAAAUGUGAAUUUUAAUAAUGAUUUCUUUAUAUUUUCACUUGGUGUCAUUGCAAAAUUUGAGACUCACACUCAAAAUGAGAGGUUUCUUCUACGAAUUCUUUCAUUAAAAUACCAUACGUUUCUCUUAAAAUCACAUUAAACCGUGAAAUUUAAGUCGUGUGUAAUUUUUACUUUGAUCUGCCGUGCCCGCUUCCCGCUCGUCCCCUUUUGUGCUCCUCAGUCGCACUCCCCACGCUCUCCGUCUGUGACCGGGAAGUGGAACCCAGUGCGGAUACUUCGGGGCUAACUUCUGUCCUCUUUCCUCUGCUUGAGGUCAAGGAUCUACACCGCAACCUGUGAUUUGGAGAGUUUCUUCUGUAUAAUUUUGGGUAGACUCUUAUUACCGUACAACGUAAACGUUUUGAAGAAUACACAAGAGUCUGGACCCCUUCGUACAAGGAUUACAAGCCAGCCAGUCGCUUCUGGUGCCCAUUCAUGCUGUUGAUUUUCAGCACCAUGGCAAGGUCACCUCCAAAGCUGUGGUUAGUCCCGACCCCGAAGGAAUUCGAGUCUCAAGAAGUGAUGGGCUGAUUCAUAACAAAUAGCUUAGCUACUGUUCCCGUGGCAGGAGACUGGCAUAUUACUUUCAAUAAAAUCAAUUUUGGAAAUACUCUCUUACAUAUUCAGUGAUGUACACAUUAUUAUCCAUACGGUUUUUGCCAAAAAGAUUAAAUGUUUCUACAACACGAUUUAUGUUGUAGAAGAGUUAGCUACAUGUAAACGUUCUUAUUUUGGAAUUAACACUAUGUGUUCAGUUUCCCUGUGGGCUUUUGAAAGUUGCCAUCUUCCCUACGUGGGGCUCCAUUUGCUGUUACGCAAUACGAGGUAAAAUGAAAUACCACUGUAACUAGACACACACACGCGCACGCAUGCAGAUAUACACACGUGUAUGAAAGGACAUAUGUAUAAGGGAGACAGAUGCAAGACAUCAAUAAAAAGUAAGAGCCCCUUUCUUCAAAAACUGACGCGUGUUGGAAAAUGUAUAUUGUUUGAUAAAGAGCGGACUAGAAAACAUCCCUUUUCACGUUAGUGCGUUUACAGGAUUGGAUUCUAAAACGUUGCAUGUUUUUCCGCACCUGCAUGUAUGAAACUGGGCCCACCAAAUCGAACCUCACUCGCGAGAAUUAAUACAGGCAUCUAAUUUAACUCGACGACUGAAAUGCAAGGGACCAGGGGAGGAAGUAUCAUUUAAGAUGGGUUUAAUUAAAAGGAUCUUAAAAGAAUGCGUGAAUUGGGCUUUUUGAUACAGAAAACAGUCAUGAGGGGGAGGAAUCCUAUGGCUAUCUUUCCAUUUUAAGAGUGCCGUUCGAAGAUUAUUAGAGAAAGGUCUCGUAUUUUGGCAUAGCCAGGUGUAUUAUGUCAGGUGAUGUGUUCUUUGAACAACUUUCUGAAGAAAUGUACGUGGAUUUAUCGAUUGGCUGAUUUCUCCUAAGGUAUCCUUAUGAUCAAAGCGAAGUUUGAACAAAGGACUACAUUCUAACGUAAACUAUGAAUAUUCCUUAGUACUACUUCGGAAUCAUAGAUUGACCUAAACUGGGCCCAAGAUGCAGUGGUAUUUAGUCAGUAAUCUGCUUCGGAAACAAUGCAGUUAGGAGUAUUUUUAUAUUUUGGCAGACAAACUUUUGAGUUCUGUCCUCAUCUUUCUCCCAGAUCUUUUCUUCAAAGGGCAGAUGGCUUUAAUUACCAGAAAUUUUGACAAGUUUCUCAUUAAGGUGGUAUUUCAUGUUGGGCCAAAUUUCCCUCCGCAUAAAUUUGGUAACCAGCUGUGAGUAUGUGUAGCUUGUUCGAUUUGUGGAAAUUGUUAGUGGUUGUGCUGAUGGAUAAUAGACACAGCUUUGUUGUCAAAUGCAAUUCGUACAUCAUCUUCCCCAGAGAUACUGACUGUAUUUUUUAACUAGAAAUUUUCUUGGAAAUGCCUGCCAGCAACAUGAAAUAUCGAACUUAGGCAGUGGAAUAAAAUUCUAAAAAUCCCAAGCAUCUUAUUAAUUAAUAGCUGACUUUGGUUUAAUUCAUGAGAAAAACUUAAACAAAUAUAAAUGGAUGUGGAAAGUCAGUCUCAAAAGUGGCCCUUUUUUGGGCCGGAUUGAGAUCCACAUCCCAGCCCUCAUCACUCUGUGAGGCUCGUCAGAGUCAUGGAGGAGAGACGAAGCUGAAUUUCUCAGCACAGCCGUCCUCAUUCUGGACGCUUCCCUCCGUGGGAAGGCGUCUGUGCAAAUGAUACAGUGCCGCUCGAGGUGACGUGUUCUCACGGUGACGACGACAGAACUACUUGGAAACUGGAUUUAUUCAGCGUAGGUUUCCUCUUUUGAGCAUGCUUUUUAGAUAGCUUUAGAUUCCUUUUUUUUCCUUUUCCACAGUUAAUCUCAGUGAAUUUUGCUUUAUUGGUAUGAUUGGGCACUCUAGAUAUGUUUGUACGUGAUACACAUAGAUGCAUAAAAUCCUUAGCUACCUGGAUUUUGUAAUAGAUUUAGUUUGACUAUUACGUUUCUGGUCUUUUAACUCAAAAUUAAGGUUUGAGCUUUAAUAGGACUAAAUUCUUCACCAUGCCUGGGCCUGUGCUUUCAUUUUAAACUCUGUGAUUUUACGUCUUUAUUCAUAGAGUUAUUGUUUUCUUCUUCUUGCUUAAUUAUAAGUAAAAACAUUUAAAGGGACACAUCUAUAGUUCAUUUGAUCAAAUUGAAUGAAUAGGAAGGACCGUUCUCUCCUCAGAUUUCUGUCCUUUAUUUGAUGUCCUUCGCACACACCCUCAUGACUGUAACCAAUGAACCGUUCAGAUGCAGGCUUUUUUGCAAGCGUUUCCAAGAACUGCGACACGAUUACGGUGUGAUUUCGUUGGGCUUCAGGUACAUACGCAUGACUUGGAUUUUGAAGAUCACUUCUGUAUCUGUUUCGGACCUGUGUUUGCUUUCUACACUGCGCUGGUUUUAUUUGGGGCUUAAUUCUUGAAAGACUCCUUCCUUCGGUCGCACUAGUGUGACCCUUUUGGCUGCAAGUUAUCAGCCUGGCUUUAAAAACCUCUGUGAGAUGUAAAUUACCCGUUCUCGACAGCCCCCCUUCCCCAGCAGUGCGUGGCUGUUCCUUUUUGCCUUCGCUUAAGUAUUUACCCUGAGACGCAUUCUGCCGAUUUCUUUCACCACUUCAUCUUAAGUUCGAAUUAGUGGUCCCCCAGGCAGUGCUUCACACUUUGUGUGUUUUGUCCUGUUUUUUUGUACUGGAUAUUUCGGUUGUCUGAAGCAUUCGAUGCAUUUCCGUGACGGUAAAAAAAAAAAAAAAAAAAAAAUAGCAGAAAAGAGAGAAAAACGUUUCAUUUGUGUUCUGGUUCUAAAGUAAAGGGGUGGGACAAAGAGAAAGACGUGAAUGUUCCCGAAGAAACAAUAUUCGAAAUUCAAAGAAGCACCACUCCCUUCGCUCGCCUGUCAAGUUUCCGCCCCCCUCGGCCCUUCGGUGGACCACGGGGCUGUCUACCCAGCGUGCGGUGUGACCGACCUUCACAGCGAGGGUCAGGAAAACGGGCACUGAACGCAGGCUAGACCCGAGCGUGCCUCUCCCGGGGCGUCGAUGAGUGUCACCCGAGGACCCGGACCCCAAGUUAGAGCCCAGUCCGCCGUGGCGAGUAGAGACGUCAGUUGGCUGGUGGGGGGUGCCAACUGAGGGUUUUGAGGUAUAGCUGCAGAAGUUUAAACGGACCGUUUGCAUUCCUACUACGAGUUAAGGUUGAAAAGCGCCCCAGCUGGUACUCCAGCCCACCUGAAAGAUGACUAGACCCCGGGCGUUGCGACUUGUGGGUGUUUUCUUUAGCCACUUGAACGAUAAGCCAGUCCCGUGCCGUAUCUCAAACAGCCUGAGUAAAAGCCAGAUCGGCAGGAUUGUUUCCCAUAGGAUCUGUCUGUGGUGUCUGUUCUGCGUCUCCAUUUCGUGUGCGCGUGGAAAGGACGAUAGACUUCUUUGUAGGAGGAAUGUCUAUACGAUGCCUCCACCGCCUCGCCGGACCCGACCCAGUGACCCGUGUGAAAUAACGUGCUCGCCCAAAACACUGUGAAAGUUACCCAAAUUUCAUGGAAAUGCAGCCUCUUGAAACUUUCUGAAGAGGUGGCUUUCUCUGUAGGUCCGUACGAAUAGAAGAGAUCCUAUCUCCCUCCCUAGUCAAGGUACCGAAGAAUUUGCUGGCAGUAAUCUUGCUGAGCCCACACCGCUAGGGCGUAAGAUGGGCUACGAGCCAUCAGAAACAGGGCACGCUCGAUAAACAGAUUUGUGGGGGUGAUGGGUCUGCAUCCAAAGUUUUAAUGGGCUCUCUUUUGGAAGGAGAGUUUCCGGCUUCAUGAUAGUUGAUGAGUUGGCAGAUUUCAAACCAAUUAUUUUGUAUGGAUGACACAUUAAAGAUCUUUGUAAAAUGCGCAAGGGCAAUAAUUUAAAGAGGUCUUACCUUGGCAUUUAUAAAUUAUAAAUAUUGUACAUGUGUGUAAUUUUUUUCACGUUUUCAUUUGCAGUCUUUGUACCUAAAAGAAACCUUUACUGUUAUGUUUGUAUAAUAGAACAGUCAUCAUUUAUUAUAACCGAGGCCAGUUGUAAAUAAACUCAUAAUGCAGACUGCCGGUAUAUAUGCACAUAUGGGUGUUACACUGAAAAAUGUAGCUUUGUUUUACUCACAUGCUUAGAGCAGCAAGAAACCUUUUGUCGAUAUGUAACUAUACAUACAAAGUAUAUAUAUAUAUGUAUGAUACAUGAAAUAUAUGUAGAGCUGUUCAUAAUUUUAAUGGAUAUCCUUUGGUGUGAAUAAUUGAAUACAGAGUUUUUAAAGUAUCCUCUUUC